UGUAGUUGGUUGUUGGGAAUGUGGACCAAUUAUGGACUGCGUGACUGAGAAGAGUGCGAGUACGUGUGUGCGGUGCGUGCGUGCGUGUAUGUCCGCGCGCGCGGGCUGAUGUGUUUGUGUAUGUGUGCGCCUGCACGGCUGUCUGUCAGUUUCUAGCUUGCCUGCAUCAUAGGCAAGCAGACAUUCGUUUUCUAGCUGGAUUUUGUAUUUAUUUAUUUUUGUAAGCUCUCUCUCUCUCAAACCAUCUGUAUGGUAUGUUGAGCGCUGUGUCUUGAUCCUAACUGUCUGUUCGGCCUGUCUAUAUACUGUACUUUCUACCACACUCUACUGGGCUCUCUUUAACAGCUGGUGGUGUUCUCGUUGGAUUGACUCUUAGAUAUACCACAGAACAACUAGACUGGACACUAGACAACUUUCCCGUCUUUUCAUGUCGUGUUUAUAUAUAUACACACAUACAUACAUAACGUACACAGAGAAAAAGACAUUUAAUCAAGUAUUUGUUUCAUUACAAUCAACAGACAAGUGCCCUUUUUCACAACACUUUUGCAUCUAUCUGUGCGUGUUUUUCGUUGUGUUUAAACUUCCAUUUACAUCACCUAUAGUCUAUCUUUAUACGUUGACUAUAUUCUAAAUCGACCACCUUCGCAAAUCAACGAAAUCGAAUGAUCGACCGUAUGUUUUGCAGGAAAAUGUUCGUCUCUGGACAUUUGGUUGCUGAUUGCCGUGUAAAACUGUGUUUAGUAGUUUCUCCCAUCUCUCUACUUCCUUAUCAUUGCUAUUGUUUCUCUUCUCUGCAGCAGCACCGAUGAAGAAGAAAAGUAUUUCGCUAUAGCUUGGAUGCUGACUCCCUCUCUUUCUCCAUCUCUCUCUCUCUCUUUCCCUAUCUCUCUCUCUCUCUCAUUCUCAUCUACUCUUUGCAAAACUUGGCAGUUUCACCUGUCAGAUGUGAAGUAGGCUUACGCCAGCAUACUUUUUUCUAAGGUAUGGCCUUCUGCAUACUGAAUUCAAAGGAUUACAGAAUUAAUCAUGUUGGAGAUGACUACACCUAAUUCAUUGAUGAGUGAAAAAUCUUUUAUAGCAAACCAGGCGCUCUGGCUACAACAUGAGCAGAUGGCUCAUCUGCAGACGAUCAGGUUGAAGCGUCAGCUGGUGAAAGCUGGACAUGUGCCCUCAAUGGUGUAUGGCCAGUUAGUUGGCUGCUCUGACCAGCUGAUGAUCAUGGCAGACAGUGGCGCCACAGUGUCGUCACUGGCAAGCCACCACGACCUGAACAGUAUGGCAUUGAGCGCUGCUGCAGUAGCUGCGGCUACUUCACACCACCAUGAUCUCACUGCCAUGCAGAAACGCAUUCCAUUAACUUUUCGUGACCCUAGCCAUGCACCACUGCGUAAACUUAGUGUGGAACUUAUUAAGACUUAUAAACACAUAAAUGAGGUAUACUAUGCAAAGAAAAAACGACGAGCACAACUGCCACAUGAUGAAUCAAUACAUAAGAAGGGACGUACGAAUGUACCUGUCUAUAAUGACGGCUACGAUGAUACAAACCAUGACUAUAUCAUUACACCUGGAGAGAAAUGGAUGGAUCGUUAUGAAAUUGAUUCUUUAAUUGGAAAAGGCUCUUUUGGCCAGGUUGUGAAGGCCUAUGACCAUGUUGAUUUAGAAUAUGUUGCGGUGAAAAUUAUAAAAAAUAAGAAGCCAUUCCUUAACCAGGCACAAAUUGAAGUGCGCCUGCUUGAACUCAUGAACAAACAUGAUAUAGAAAGCAAAUACUACAUAGUAUAUUUCUCAUUGCUACAUUGGCAUUUUUUUGUAUUUCAGAUUUAUCAAUAUAUCCAAAGUCGUUUCUAUCGAUCACCUGAAGUGUUACUAGGAAUUGCCUAUGAUUUGGCCAUUGAUAUGUGGAGUCUCGGCUGUAUAUUGGUAGAGAUGCACACAGGAGAGCCACUCUUUGCUGGUUCUAACGAGUUUGAUCAAAUGAUGAAAAUUGUAGAAGUACUGGGAAUGCCACCCAAGCAUUUAUUAGACCAGGCUCCAAAGGCCAGGAAAUAUUUUGACCAGCAUCCAGAUGGUAUCUAUGUAUGUAAAAAGCCAAAAGAUGGUAAAAAAUAUAAACAGCCGGGUUCUCGGAAACUACAUGAUAUAAUUGGUGCUGAAAGUGGGGGACCUGGAGGUCGGAGGGCAGGGGAACCUGGGCAUAAUUUGGCAGACUAUCUUAAAUUUAAGGACCUUAUAUUAAGAAUGUUAGAUUAUGAUCCAAAGACACGCACCACACCCUAUUAUGCCCUCCAACAUAAUUUUUUCAAGAAGACCACAGACGAAAGCACUAAUACGUCCAGCAGUACAUCAGGUAGUCCAGCCAUGGAGCAACAGUCCGUGUCCAGCCCACCAGCUCCACCAUCGUCAUCGGUGUCAGUAUCCCGGCGGGACAAAUCCUUCAUCCAACUAUCCAGGACAAGUUAACAUUCAGUGAAUUUUCCCUUUUAGGUGGACAUGCAAGAUCUGAUUGGACUCAUCAGCAUCAUUUCCAGUAUCAGCAUCAUUGUCCUUCUGCAGCACCAUGGUCUGCAUCCCCCCCUGAUGGAGGCCGGUGGAGGACACCGUAUUGCCAGAGAUGUGGGAGGUUAUUCGAACUUCUUCUCUGUUUACCUGAUGACCACCUUUCCCAGAGAUUAGCAAGUGAAUGCUAAAAGAGCCUGUUAGUCCUGAAACUGCAGUGCAACAGCUACCACUUUUACAGACAUCUGGCAGGACUGGUCACUUUCAGACCACUUCCACUCUCAUCAUCCACCAGAUCAGUCAAUCAUUCAUUGGCUCACUCUACACAUUAGUGUGCAUGUGUAUGUAUUUGUAUGCAAGUGGGACAUCAACUGUGAUGAUAAUGUGUUAUAAUACCUUGUAGGAACAUCCUACAUCAACCACCCAGUGCUACCUUUAGUACAACUAAUAGACUGUUAUCAACCUUCAUUGAACAAACAAACAAACAAACAAACAAAACAAAACAAAAAUAUUUUUAAAAAAAAUUUUCUGGAGAGAGAGCUUGAAGUAGAGGAUGGUAUGUUCUUUAUUGUAGCAAUAUCUGUAACUGGUGGAGGGGUGGUGCUGUAGAAAUCUGGUUAUCACCAUCAGUUGCAUGUACAACAAACCUCAUGUUUACCACCAUCUUCUUCACAGGUAUCCUAAUGUCAUUCAUUUCAAGAAGCCAUCUAACAGUUGUGACUAUGGCAGUAAAGAUGGCUACUUUGUUGGAAGUGGAUUUCAAUGAUUUCAAUUAAGCCAUCACUGUCUUCAUGGUCGCACUAUGCAUGAGCACAAUUUUGGGGGAUGUGCUUUCAAACCUGUCCAACAUGUCUUCCUCAUAGCAAUUUAUCCAAACAGCUUGGUCAUAAUUUCUAACAUCAAACCUUCUCUGCUCAUCUCAAUUUGAAACAAGCAGUACUCACACUGAAAAGUUAACGUUGUGAAACAGAACUGGUCAACUAACUCAAGUGUCUCCUUGGUCAAAAUCUUAACCCUCCAGAUGACAUUGACAUCGCCACUCCACCCCCACUAGUCUGGCUGUUGUCUUUAUUACAAGCCUUGCAUACCAAGUUGCAACAGCCUUUUUAUGACAAAAGAACCGAACAAAAGAUUAACAUGAUAGGGAAGAGUUCUUCAUUUUGGUAAUAUGUUCAUCAGUCCAACAAUCGAUUUUAUUUAUUUAAACUUUAUAUCAUAAUUAUUUUUUUUAUUAGAUUCAUCAGCAACCAGAUGAUGAUGAUGAUGAUAAUGAUGAUGAUAAAACCUGUAUGAAACUAAGAAUGAUGAGGAUUCAAAAAUUAGGAAAUUAAGAUUGUUUCCUCCAUCAUAAACUCCUCUGUCAGCUAAUUUUGGAGAAAAUGACUGGUUGUGGUUUUGCUUUUUAUUUUCAUUUUUAAUUCUUUUAAUCAAACCUAUAAUUUAUUAUGUCAAUUUCCAUUAAUUAUAUUCUCUGAUGGGGUCAGUAUUCAUGGAAAUAUGCUUCAUGUUCCCUUAGGGUACCAGCUCAACUUAUUUAGCAUGUAGCAAUAAUGUAUUACAGCUUGUGACCCAUCAAGAAGUGGAACGCCAGAUAAGAAGGCCUCAACCAAUCACCUCUAGUAUCCUUCUGCAAGGAAAGCUUGCCACCGGUAUUUUAUAAUCUGUGAACAUCACAAUCCAAUUUCAUAGUUUCCAAAAAAAAAAAAAAAAAAAAAAAAAAACCAUCAUCAGCAAAGCAAUAGCUUACAAUGGAAUUCUACAGGUUUGACUGCUAUGUUGAUAUAUCAUCUUUAUAGUAAAAAACCCUGAGUUUCUCUCAUAUCUCAUAAUAUUACAAAGUAAAGUGUCAAGCAUUCGAUCAGAAGAGCUGAGAGGUUGCCAGCAUUCAUUCAGAUGGAUCAAGUUGGCCACCAACGUUAAGUUUAGGUGGGUCACGUGGCCACAGCUUCCAAUCAGAUGAGCUGAGCAGCUGCUACCUUCCAGUCAGGUGAGCUGGGCACAUGCCGGUAUCUUUCGUGGUGGGUUAAAAGGCCACUGUUAUUCAAUUAGGUGCAUAAAGCAACCACACAUUCUCUGGUGUGAGUUGAGUGGUUGCAACUGGCAUCUUGUCAGGAAAAUUGAGUGGCUGCAGCUGGCGUCCAACCAAGCAUGUCAAAUAACAGAUGCCAUCCAAUCAGGCAGGUCGAGCUGCCACAGAUGCCAUCCAAUCAAGCAGGUCGAGUGACAGAUGCCAUCCAAACAGGCAGGUCGAGUGACAGAUGCCAUCCAAUCAGGCAGGUCAAACAGCCGUUGAUGUUAAUAUAUAAGAAAAAAAAAAGAGUUUGGCAUUCAGUCAACUACGUUGAGGGGAAACUGGCAUUCAGUCUGGUGUGUCAGGUGGAAACUGACAUUCAAGGUAAUGUCCCUAUAUGUUAAGUAAUUUGGUAUUUAAAUUUUAGGGGCCAUAAAUGUAAAACGUUACUGCUUCUUAUGUAUAUCUAUAGCUUCCAGUCGAUAACAGCUAGGUUAAGACAUUUUUUUAAAUUUUAAACUUCACCUUAUUUUGAACACUAGAGAACAUGUUCUAGCAUUUUGUAUUUCUUUCUAUUAGGGACAACUAUAUGUGUGUGUGUGUGUAUAUAUAUAUAUAUAUACAAAAUUAUGUGUGUGUGUACACAUGUAAUUCUACACAUACAUGCAUGUUGCUUAAAAAACACAGAUAUAGAGAUAAUUAUAUACAUUUUUAUAUAUAAAUAUUGUUUUAUAUAUAUGUAUUUAUAUACAGAUAUACAUGCUGUGACCAGUGUGGAUGUGUGUGUGUGUGUGUGUGUAUAUAUAUAUAUAUGCGUGUGUGAAUAUUUAUAUAAUUAUGCAUAUAUAUAUAUAUAUAUACUUAUAAUCAUGUAUCUAUAGAUAGAUAGGUAGAAAUUACAAACAGCAUAAGUAAGAUUAUAAGCAAAUAGGAAAAUAACAAACACUACUUCGUUGCAGAUUAACUAUAACAGCUGUUUAUUUAUAUAUUAAAAUUAUGACAAAGUGAAUUAGUAAUAUUUCAAUUGCAUCUAAUGUAUGCAAUCCAAUUGGUUAUAUAACAACUUGUUACCUUGGCACUACUGUCAUCAGAUGAUUACAAGCAAAAUACCUAGAUACACACACACACACACACACACACACACACACACACACACACACACACACACACACA